GCGUCUUCUCCACUUCUUCACCCACAAGGCAACCUCGCACAUCAUCUCGCAACACAUACACCAACUAGACAACAGCAACGAGCAACAUGUCCGAAAUCACUCCCCGCGUCACGCAACCGUAUCUUGGCCACUUCACCGGCAAGGUCGUGCGCAUUCUAGGCAAAGUCAGUGAGUUGCAAGGCGACACUGCGAGCAUAGAUGCUGGUGGCAACAUCGCGUUGCAUCUGAACCGAGAGGCACACCUCACACUCAACCACGCCGUAGAAGUCAUCGGAAAAGUACAGGGCGACGACAGCGUGCGAGUCAUGGCGGCGACGGAUUUCGGGCCGCAGGGGGACUUCAACGCCGUAGAGGCCGUCGUGGACGCUACACACCGGUAUCAUGAAAUCUUUUACAACAAGGAUUAGAUGUGACGACGGUAUUCGGCCAACGAUGUGACGAUAAAGUGUGUGUUUUGAAGGAUCAAAAGGGAUGCAGAUGAAAAGGGUGGGCGUCAAAGGCAACCUCUGAUAGAGUCGCGAGCAUGAGCUG